AUGAACAUGAGCACAUCUUCUUCCUCCAACAACAGCAGCAACAACAACGGCAAGCAUCAUCAUUCAAACAACUUCUCCACAUCAUUCAAAUCCAAAUCUUUCUCUGACCCAGUACUGAACAAAAGUUCCUCGGUUACAUGCCAGAAAGAAGCUUUAAAAAUGGACAACUGGUUGGCGAAGAAGCGCAUGAUCGAGACUUUUCCAGAUGAAGAUGAUGUUUUCGGUGAUGAUGCCAACUGUCUGUUGUCAGUUAACAGCUCAAAACGUUCACAUAUGUCCAUUAACAGCUUAACUGACGUUAACAACACAAGCAACAUCAGCAAUAGGAGUAUUAGAAAGGUAAACAACAACAACGGCAGCCAAAAAGAUAACAACAAUAUCAUCAACAACAAUAUCAUCAACAACAAUGUUAUCAACAACAGCAGCAGCAACUGCAAAAGCAGCAACGACGAUGAAAAAUUUUUUUCUGGAAUUGCUGCAAAAUCUCUCUCUAGCUGGAAACAAAUUAGUACUAACGGCAGUAGUACUUAUUCAACUGGUAGCAUCAACAACGACGACGACUAUGAUGGUUGUGUUGAUAUGAAUGGUUUUGCUAAUAAUUCCGAAGAUUAUUUGGAAUACAUGGAAAGCCUGGGUAACUACAUGGUACCAGAUUAUAACUACCAUUGUCGCCAGCUGAGUACCAUCACUGAGGCAUCAAAGGAAACAGAUAAGACAGAAUUGUCUCGACACGUGUCUCUAGACGGCGCGUGUCUACCGUUUCUCAAGGGUAACUUGAGUUUUCAGAAAAAUUUUCUCACUAGCACCACCUACCAUUAUGACCUAAAUGUUUGUAAUCAUAAAGUCACUAACAGUAGCUGCAAUGAUAACAAUGACAAUAAAUAUGAUAGCAUUAAUUUCAAUAACAACAAUUACAAACACCUUAACAGUAACAACAUUAAAAACAAUAACAUCAAUAAUAACCGCAACAACAUUACUAACGCUAAUAACUUUCCCAAGACAUACAAAGACACUUUCAUGAUUGAUGACACUGUUAAUUCCAAAAGCAGACGUAAAGCGACAAACCAUGGAAGCAUCUCAUUUUCUUUGAUGGCUGAUUCACACGCCAGCAACAUGUCAGAAAUGAUAAAUUCAGUGGAUUUUAAGGGCUCCAUCAGUAAUACUCGUGAGUACGUUCAUAGACCUAAUGAUCAGGCAGAAGUUUGCAAUGUUUACGCCAGGGAGACGUCAUCCAACUCAGCGUUGAAUGCAUCCUCUAGAUUAGUAGCUGGUAAAAAAGUGAAGGGUGUUUCUAAUCGCGGUAAAGAAAACCGUAAUUUGGAGAUUGAUAAAUUGCAGAAUAAAAAAAAUAUUUCACCUGAAGAUGCUGAUCUGCAAAAAAUGGAAGAAAGUAUAAGAUGGGUGGAUCCUAAAGAAUGUGAAAGAGGAUCAUUUGACUUUCUGAAACUGAAUGACUCACACAAGAACGACGACGGAAAUAUUGACAACUCUGCUUACAAGGUUAGAGCUGAUAUUGUUAGUGGAAAGACACCAACACAGACUGCAAGACCACUGAUGAAUGCUGACUACAUACAUGACUGGCUCAAAGCAUCUGCAGAGAAAAAUGCAAAAAUGGCAUCUGAAAGUUUUUCAUUAACGGAAAGUUUCAACUCAAAUCGGGCACCUGCAAGUGUGGAUGACGAUCUGUCUUCAGAAUCUUUCAAACUCUGCCGAAGAAUUCACGUCAUGAACAUCGAAAGCAUCGACUCAUCACUGAGGACGAAGUACAGAGAGAUCGCGCCCGCGAAGCCUCCUAACUCUAAUGUUCCUGCUUUGAAACAGAAAGAAAUUGUGAUGCCCAACUUGUCAGUUAAAGUUAACCAAAAAUUCAACGAAAAAUCUGAGAGCCUACAGAAGCAGUGUAGUAACAACGUGGUGCCAGAAAGGGAAAUUAUGGGAAAAGUUGAUGAAUCGAGUAGACAGGCAGAUGAAUCCACACACGCCACGAAGCCUCAGAGAGGUGAGAAUCAAGUACACGCAGUGCCCAUCCAAAAAUCUCCUAAUACCAAAAGGGAUAUAAAAACUGACAAUAUUAAUAAUAAUAAUAAGAAGAAAAAAAAGAAAAAGAAAGAAAAAGAAAGAGAGUCGCAAACUGACUCACUAGACAAAACGUUGGUGAACAGCAGCCAGGGUACUGACAACUGUUUCUCCAGCACCCCCAUCAAAUCAUCAGGGACGUUGACCAGGCUGUCGUCGGUCUCAACCAUCCCCCCUGCUGACGAUGCGGUCUUCGAUCGAAUGUCGUCCAUUGGCUCGUUGAGCACAUUUGCAAACAGUGACGGGCUGGCACGUCCCAAUAGCAACAAAGGAUCAAAUCAUCAAUAUGUUAAUAAAAAGUUGAAUGCUCCUGGUAGUGACGUAAAUAUUCCUGACGAUGACGUCAUCAAAAGAAGGAGGUCAAUGUCAACGUCACAGAUUGACGUUUGUAUCCCUUCAUCUCGACUCCUGCAAGUGCCAAACGAGUUGCAGUUCAGCGAGGCAUGCUGCUCACUUCUAUCUUCCAUUGCUUACCUUCCACUGAUCAAUCCAUCUUACAGCAACAACAUUAACAACGACAAUAACAACGGUGCUAUUAACGGCAGUAAAUUUAAAAUCUGUGAUAAUCCGUUUACCGUGAAGGAAAAAAUUAUUAUAGAAAAAAAAUCAGAAGAAUUGGUUAAAAUAAUUUUCACUCCAGAAGAGGCCGGCAUAUAUAUAGGCACGUUGUCACUGUCACUUAGUUUCUUGUCCGAUGACGAAUCCGUUUUAGCUAGGCAGCAGCACAAGUGCUCUCUUCACAAGCAUCCCUAUCCUAGCAAUGCUAACAGGAUGAAUAAUCUAAACAGAGUGGAAGAGAAUAAUAAUCAUAACAGUAAUAAUAAUAAUAAUAACGAUUGUUAUGAUGGUAAUUAUUAUAGUUAUAAUAAAAUAAAUAUGGCCGCCCAGUAUGAUAGAGUUCCAUUGUCUGUCUGUCUGCAGGCUGUUGCUGUAAAACCGAAAAUUGAGAUAACCGCAGCUCUAACUCCUAAUCAACUGCGAUCGACGUCAUCAUCUUCGUCAUCAUCACCGAAUGACGUCAUCGAUUUCGGCAUGGUCCCCUUGAAGACGACGAUGACGCAGCGGAUAUACAUCAGCAACAAGUGCCGGGCAGCUGUGCCGCUGAGACUGAUGUUGAGAGCUGACAACAAGAGCUACAACUGCUUUAAGUUCUGCACGCCUCCAGCAACAUCGUGCCUCAGCAACAAGUUCAAGACGAGCGUCAUCAGCACUAACCUGACCGCCGUCAACGACAAACAGAUGCUUCAACUCGUCUUAUCUCCAUCAUCUUCACACGAGAAUGAUCACGACGACGAUGAUGAUGAUUGUGGUCCCAGGGAUGCACCUGAUGAACAGUUGAUCCCCGUUGAUAUUGAAUUCACACCACCUGCCAUUGAUACAAAGCAGCUGGAGAGGUACGAAUGUCGGUUGGAAGCGCAGUUGAACACGAUCAAUCCUCACUCACCCAUCGUGGCGAGCAAGCAGCUGCUAGCAGCCAGUGCCCUGGCCAAACUUCACAUUGAAUCCAAGCAUCUGAUUCUGACCUUUGACAAGGACACGCACCAGCACCAAGUUCAACUACGUAACGUCGGUUUGAUAGCACUGAACGUCAGUGCAAACACCGAAGGGAUGCUGUUUUUUGUGUCGCCGCAAAAAUUCUGCAUACUUCCUGGCGACACGCUGCAGCUGCAAGUAACGUGUCUUCUCCAUCUGGACAUCAACAACAACAUUAAUAGUAAUAAUAAUAAUAUCAACAACAGCAGUAAUAAUAGAAUUGAAAGUUUCGCAUCUGAGGAUCGCUGCGCCACCAUCGCAACCCUCUUUCCGGUUCACAGUACCCCCGCCAUUCAGCAACUCCACCACCACCAACAACAGCAACAACUCAUCAUCAACAACAUCAUCAGCAACAAAAUUCGCGACGAGGAUGACGAUGAUGAUGAUGAGGAUGGUGUCGGGGCCGUCUGGACUGUUAAGCCCUCCAGCGUUCUGCUCGUUGCCAAUCCAGUUAACGGUUAA